CGUCCAGAUGACGUCCAGAGUGUAUAACUCAGCGACAAAAAGGCUUUCAACGCGGCAAGGCGUUGUUUCCGCGGUUGCAACAUUAUCCAAGCCACGCACGGUCUUUUGGUCUUUUGCAGCUCUUGUCCGUCACUCUCCCAGAAGAUGCUCUACGUUUCUAGCUUGAAAGAAGACACUUGCAACUGGUGACGCUUGACGAGCUUUGACAAGUUUAGGAUUUGAGGCCAUUUCCAACUCAAUCGGCCAUUCCUAUCCGAUCACUCAUCAUGAGUCUUCUGCCACCCAUGCCAUCCAUGCCCAUGGCUAUGAUGCCCAUGUCUACGCUAGCAGUGCCUGUGAAUGCGCAGCUGGUGGGUUUCCAAGGUUCUUUGAUGGUGCCAGUAGCAGCUGUGGUGGUUAAUGUGCCUGCUUCCCCUUGUGGAACACCAUGCUCUACUUCAAUCUCAGAAUCGGAAGCAAGCAUGUCGCGGCAAAACUCAGAAGAAUCAGAGCAAGGUAUUUGCUUGGAGGGCUCGGUUGCUGGCCGUGUCUGGGACUUGUCCCAACGAUCCAAAGGUUGUCGCUACCCUGGAAAACUGCGGCGAUGGAGAGCGCUUCACCUUGGCUUUGGAACUUCAGGGGCACGUAUUGGCAGCUGCCAGGUCUGCCUGUGCUAACUAUGUUCUGCAGAAGAUUAUUCAAGUGCUGCGUCCUCAAGCAUGUCAGUUCAUCAUCGAUGAGAUCAUGAAGACUCCUGCAGAUGUACCGAUCUUGGCACGACAUCAGUACGGCUGUCGCAUCCUACAACGACUCUUGGAACACUGCCAAGCCCAACAGAUGGAAGGACUUGUGAAGCUUUUGUUGGAGGAUGCCACAGCUCUUGUACGCCACAAUUACGGUACCUUUGUGAUGCAACAGAUCUUUGAUUUCGGUACGGAAGUGCAGCGACAGCAGCUUGGGGAAUGCUUGUUUAGUACUUUGGGCGCUAUGGGCAAUGAUGAGAAUGCCACCCAGGUGUUGCAGAAGGCUUUGAUCCAUGCACCACAGAAGGUUGCUUUGGCCCGUGCCUUGGUUCCGCAGCUUGCGCAGAUUGCACGUGGUCGCCAUAGCCAUCAUACAGUCCUUGCUGCGGUGCAACUGUUGUCACCUGAAGACUUGAAAAGGGCUAGCGCACUUCUUUCUCAGAAAGUGCAGAAGCUAUGGGCAUCUCGCUACGGACGCUUGGUGGUCAAGGCUAUUCCUAGCUUGCAUGACAAGUGCAUGGGCAUGACGAAGCGGGAGGCAGCUGCUGCUUAGGUUUGGCGAGAGUAGAGGGUCCGCAAAAAUCGCGGUUCCCUGUAUAUUCCCACCAGAGGAAGAAUUUUCAAAGCAUGUCUUAGCGGGCUUUGUCGGAUAGUACAAGUCUGCACUAAGAUUUGAAGGAGGUGUGAGAAAGUCUUGUCCUCCCAUUCUUUUUGCUGCUGGUGUUUGGUGUUGCUUUCUUCUCAG